GAAUACAGUAUGAGUAUGUACUUCAGACAACAAUGGAUUGAUCCACGACUCUCUCAUUAUAACUGGAACCGGUCCAUCCAAACCAACUAUAGGCGAUUAGACAAUAUUUGGGUUCCGGAUGUCUUCUUUCCGUCAGCCAAAACUGAAAAGCGGCACAUCAUCACCAUACCUAAUAUGUUUAUCAGGAUCGAACCCGAUGGCACCGUUAUUUAUAGUCAAAGAUUAUCUGUGACCAUAGCCUGUUUGAUGGAUCUCCGGAAGUUUCCAUUGGAUGCCCAGACUUGUUCUUUUAGGAUGGAAAGCUAUGGCUAUACAACGAACGAGAUGUACCUCGAAUGGUCCAAAGAUAGAAAAUUUACAAAUGUCCUGCCGUCUACCAACAUUCCAGAUUUUGAAAUGACAGCUAUAUCUGCUCACGAUUGUACCGCCAAUCUACAGACCGGUAACUUCCCCUGUUUGUACGCCAACUUACAGAUGCAGAGACAGAUUGGUUUUUAUCUGACACAAACCUACGUACCUAGCAUUCUGAUAGUCGUGCUCUCAUGGGUCUCUUUCUGGAUUGACCCAACCGCCAUUCCCGCCAGAAUCUCAGUCGGUUUGUUGACAGUUCUCACCAUAACAACACAGAGUUCCGGUGCACGUUCUCAACUACCCAGAGUUCCCUACACUAAGUCUAUAGACGUCUGGAUGUCCGCCUGUUUAGUCUUUGUCUUCGCGGCGUAUGUUGAAUAUGCCUUUGUGACGGUGUUAUCCAGACGACAUAUCAAGAAGAAGGCAGAUGCAUGUAAAGAUAAAGCUACCCACCGCGAGUCAAUCGUAAGUAACAUGCUACACGACGUAUAA